CUAUUUGAGGACACUUGAAGACUGUCAUUUCUAGUAAAAUGAAUGUUGAGAGUGGUGCCCCUAGCUCCCUAAAGCUAUGGCUAGUCAUUUUUCUCUGUAUGCCCACGGGAUGUUAUCAGUGGGUCUCAGCAUCUUUGCCCAUUCACUCAGACAAUUUAACAGGCAGACCCAAUGUUCUGUUCAUUGUGGUGGAUGACCUUCGACCUUCUCUCAACAGCUAUGGGGGUCCCAUUCUUUCUCCUAAUAUUGAUAACCUUGCGGCGCAAUCUGCAGUGUUCCAACAUGCAAUGGUUCAGCAAGCAGUCUGUGGACCGAGCCGUAUCUCCUUCAUGACCAGCAGGAGACCAGACACCACCAAGCUCUAUGACUUCUACUCUUACUGGAGAGAAGCAGCAGGAAACUACACCACCUUACCUCAACACUUCAAAGAGAAUGGAUACUUUACUGCUUCAGUUGGCAAGGUCUUCCAUGGAGGUAAAGCUUCAAAUGGAACCGAUGACUACCCAUACAGUUGGUCUGUAGAAGCAUGGCAUCCUCCAACGCAGGAAUACAAGAGAGCUAAGGUAUGCAAGAACAUGGAUGGCACUCUUCAUCAGAACAUCAUAUGUCCUGUCAAUGUCACAGAGAUGCCCUUGCAGAGUCUCCCUGACAUUCAAAGUACCGACCACGCCCUUGACCUUCUCCAACAAUUUGCCUCAAGGUCACCUCAACCCCUUUCACCCUCCUCACCAUCUCGCAAGUCUGCCUCAAAAGAGAGUGGCUCCCAGCACACCAAGGAUACCUCACAGCCCUUCUUUCUGGGCGUGGGGUACCAUAAACCACAUGUUCCCUUCAAGUACCCCCAGGAGUACCGUGCUCUCUACCCCCUUGAAGAGGUGGAGAUUGCCCCCAACCCUGACCUGCCUCCUAAGUUACCACCGGUGGCAUUUGAGCCCUACACAAGCCUAAUGGAGCGGGAUGACAUUGGUGCUCUCAAUAUCAGCUUCCCUUAUGGUCCUAUCCCUAGACCUUAUCAUUAUUUACUUAGGCAGAGCUACUAUGCCGCUGCCACAUACACAGAUUUCCAGAUGGGACGAUUGCUUCAGGGCUUGGAAGACAACGGCUUUGCGAACAACACCAUUAUUGUCUUUGUUGGGGACCAUGGAUGGCAGCUAGGAGAGCAUUCAGAAUGGUGCAAGUUCUCUAACUUUGAAUUGGCCACUCGUGUUCCACUCAUGGUUCAUGUACCGGGAGUUACAGAUGUGCAAAAACAGCCGAGGACAAAGAAGUUUCCUCUGAAGGAUCUACUCAAGAAUAAAAAGUCAGGUGAAAGGAGGUAUUCUAGUGUUCUCAAAGAGGGACAAGUCGUGAAUGAAUUUGUCGAACUGGUAGAUAUGUUCCCAACUCUUGCCGAAUUAGCUGGACUCCAAGUGCCAAGUACUUGCCCUCCAAAUCCGUUCAAGGUUGAUUUCUGCACGGAAGGGGUAAGCUUUGCACCCCUCAUCACUAGAGGCUUUGGUAGAAAAGGGGUUUCUUACACCCGAUGGAAGAACGCAACCUUCAGUCAAUACCCACGACCAGGCGAUGUGCCAACACUCGAGUCUGACCUCCCCCAUUUAGUCAACAUCACCAUAAUGGGAUAUUCCAUGCGAACUAGUGACUACCAUUUCACAGAGUGGAUCGGAUUCAACCAUUCCAUUUUCCAGGGGGAUUGGGAGGAUGUUCAUGCGAGGGAGCUUUAUGUGUUGGCCACAGAUCCACUUGAGGACGACAAUGUAGCUGACAGUCUAGACUAUCAAGAUUUAAUCCAGGACUUGCACAUAAAGCUCAUGCGUGGAUGGAGGGAUUCCUUGCCUGUCUAAAUUUAAAUUUUAUACUAAAUG